CCCACCCCAUUGAAACCAGAAGUCCCAAUUCUAUCCGAAAAGAAUAAAACUGCGUAGGAAUCUUGAGCUUGAGAUCGAACGAAAUCCAUCUUGGGAUGCAUGGCGUGCCGCGUUAGUAAUAUCAACUGUCUCCGGGCAUACCCUCCUUCUACGCCGCGUUUCUCGCCCAAAUGUCAUCACCAAAGCCCUAACUCUCCUCCUCUCCUACUUAAUAAUCAUUCCUUUCCCCCUCCUCCCACCCUCAAACCCCAUCUUCCAAAACAGAUGAUGUCGUGCUCCGUUGCUCUUCGGCGCAGCUUUGUUACUGUGAAGUCUCACAUGGCCACUGCCGAGGAGAAGUCCAUUUCUGAGGACCGCAUGCUUGUAUUUGUGCCUCCACAUCCAUUGAUAAAGCACUGGGUUUCCGUUUUGAGAAAUGAACAAACUCCUUCCCCGAUUUUCAGGAAUGCUAUGGCUGAGUUAGGCAGGAUACUUAUGUAUGAAGCUUCAAGGGACUGGCUGCCUAUGGUCACUGGAGAGAUUCAGUCACCAAUGGGAGUUGCAUCUGUUGAAUUUAUUGAUCCAAGAGAGCCUGUGGCAAUUAUUCCAAUCUUGCGAGCUGGUCUUGCUCUUGCAGAACAUGCAUCAUCAAUUCUGCCAGCAACCAAAACAUACCAUCUAGGGAUAAGUAGAGAUGAAGAGACACUUCAACCAACAAUAUAUCUGAAUAAGUUGCCUGACACAUUCCCUGAAGGGUCUCGAGUACUUGUGGUCGAUCCUAUGCUGGCAACAGGGGGGACGAUAGUGGUGUCGCUUCAACUUAUUAAGGAGCGUGGGGUUGAAAACCAGCAGAUCAAAGUGAUAUCUGCUGUAGCUGCUCCUCCAGCCCUUCAAAAGCUCAGUGAGAAAUUCCCGGGGCUUCAUGUUUACACUGGAAUCAUAGACCCCACUGUUAACGACAAAGGGUUCAUAGUUCCUGGACUUGGAGAUGCAGGAGAUCGCAGCUUCGGAACAUGAAGUCCAAGUAGAUUUUCAUUUUGUUGUAGAUGUUGAUGGCUUCAUGCAGCGAUGGCAACUAAAUCAACUGUGCCCCCUAUAUAUAUAUAUAUAUAUAUAUAUAUAUAUAUUUGAUAAUAUCCCCGGUACCCUCAUCCCAUUUCCUAUCAUGCCUUUAAUAUGGGUUUCCCCAGUUGAAUACAUACGGGAUUUUUUUAUUUUUUAUUUUUUAUUUUUUAUUUUUAUGAGAUGAUCAUUUGUAAGAAGUAAUAAGUAUGACAAAGAUGAUAGAGAACGUGAAAGUAGUUUCAGCUCCA